GUGACACCCAACACUUGGCUGUGUCCUGAGGGUGGGGGGGUUGCAUUGUUUACUUCAGUUUGGAUGUAAAUAGGGUUGGUGGAUUUAAUUGCCAUGAAGGAAGGUGCAAGCUCUCGAUUGCUACGCUUCAUGCUGCUUCCACCAGUCGCAACAGGCAGAAAAGAAGAACGCACUCAUGAAGCCUGAGACGGAAGCCUGAAGCCACUUCCAUCUCAAGUGACAAUGCUGGCAGUGUCACUACCAGGUUAAGAACAGUAUGUUGUGUUUGUUUGCCUUACUUCCAGGUUUGCCUGCUGCUCAGCUGCCUGGCCUACAGUGUGCAAGAUUUAAAAAUGCAGAAAGAUUACAAAUGUUCAGCUCCUGCCUCUGGUUGCUGAAGGCUCCGUGUUUCCCCGCCUCCUGCAAGUGUCUCACCUCUUUCUCAAUUCAGCCUUACUCCUCAUCUCCUUCAAUGGUGACUGACCACCUCCUGUGCGGACAGAGCGCCGCAGAGAGAAGGCCUUGUUACCGAGUGAAUCGAUGGCAUCUCCCAGGACUAUAACCAUUGUCGCUCUCUCUGUGGCUCUGGGGCUCUUUUUUGUCUUCAUGGGAACCAUCAAAUUGACCCCAAGGCUCAGUAAAGAUGCCUACAACGAGAUGAAACGAGCCUACAAAAGCUACGUCCGGGCUCUCCCCAUGCUAAAGAAGAUGGGAAUCAGCUCUAUCCUUCUCCGCAAGAGUAUUGGUGCCCUGGAAGUGGCAUGUGGCAUUGUCAUGACACUGGUGCCUGGUCGGCCCAAAGAUGUGGCCAACUUCCUCCUGCUGCUGCUUGUCCUGGCUGUGCUCUUUUUCCACCAAUUAGUAGGUGACCCACUCAAGCGCUAUGCCCAUGCACUAGUCUUUGGGAUCCUGCUGACUUGCCGCCUACUGAUAGCCCGCCAGCCUGAGGAGCAGCCACCUGAGAAGAGGAUCCUGUCAGUGAAUGGUGAUGAGCAGCCUGUUGCCCAUGAGGCAGGUCCUGAGAAAGGCAAAGUGAAGGUGUCCUAGUAGAGUGCAUUUGAGGAAUAUGCAUUUGAGGACCCAUGAGGCAGCUCUCCCCAAAAACACCCAGAAAGAUUUCAGUUUUUUCCUAUUAUGUAUUUGAUUUUAUUUGUUGUUUAAAAGAUAACUUUCGGGGCUGAGACACUGGUUAUGUCUACCCUACACUGUGGCUAUUUCUGGGACCACAAUGUAGACAUACCCAGAGAUAGUAGGCUAAACACUAGCUUGGAGAACUGCCCUCUCUCCUAUUCCCAAAUACAGAGUUUUCUUUUAAUUAGUUGAGGGGAGAAAUGUACCAUAUUGUCUUGUGUCAUCUUCAAGGAGGGACCCCUACUCUGAACUGCCUCUGUGACAGUCUUUCAGCAGACUGGUCUUGGAAGGAAAAAAGGGUCUCUGACCCCAUUCUUUGUCCACAUUUUGUACAGGGCCUAAAAAUGUGUGAAUGAACUUGGGAAUAAAGCUAUUUUUCCCACUUAGCAUGGUUGUAUGCCUUCCCCCUCUCUCAGCAGAGAAUAAGGAUUCCUGUUGAGGGGGCAUGGGUUAGCAUUGUUCAAAGAAUUGUUUGUGCCCGGUAAUAAACCCUGGUGUUCCCAAGAUGUGCCUGUUGCCCUCAAGCUGUGGUAACCUCUUCCUUCAAAAAUAAAAUCCCCUUUCUUCCAACUAGUUAGAGAGAUUUGACAGAAUCAUCCACUGUUGUAAUGGGGCACGGGGCCUGAAGCUGUUCAGAAGCCUUAUUCCCCAUUCCACCCUGGGCUGCAGUGAGCUAGGAGAGCAGACCUGUCUCAGGAGCCUGAUUCUCUGUGUUAUACUGAAAACACUAUGAAUGGCAGCACAGGAGAGCAUUUUAUCUUUUAAUUCUGUUGCGGUUUUUGGUGCUUGUCCACGUUUCCCCUUUGGUUUUCUUAAUUAUUCAUGAAAAUAAACUUUUUGAAAUUUGGAGGAAAACGUUGUGGCAGACGCUAAUUCUUCUCUUGACUCAAGGACACAUCUGCUCUGCCCAGGACUCUCCCAUGCAGCCAGGAUUGUGGUUGAGGAAGUUCAGUCCUCAAACGUAUCAGGUAAUGUCUGAUGCAGAAUAAACCACCCAGCAGCAUCACGGGGCCCGGAGCGACAGCAGCGGAGCUUUCGUUGCGAGGGCCCCGCCCUGGCAGUCAGGAAGGCAAAGUUGGCAGCACCUCCACCACGGGGCAGACACGGACGCCCGCAACCCCGCGCCAGUUCGCACCCGUCCUCCAGCAGCACGGCCUGGGCCCUCGUCCGAGCCUGGCGGGGUGGAGCAUCCCCCACGCGACAGGGGCCCUUUGUCCUGCAGACGGGCUCCGGGCAGGACACCAACCCCGCGCCCCCCGGAGUCGCCCAGAGCGCUGCCCGCUGCUGAGGGUGGUCCGGGUCUCUUGCCCUGCCCUGCACGUACAAACCCCACGGCUCUGCCCGACGGCAGGUCAGCGCAGGGCGCGGCGGAACCCUGGGGUCUACGGGGCGGGCCGAGCGCGGGCCCCGGCGAAGCAGGUUCAGCCUCCUGCCGG